CAUUGCUGUUUGCACUACCCCACAUUCCAGCUAAGAAUUUUAGGCGUUAGAAAUUAGGAACCUUUCCUCCUCCCUUCAUUUCCAACUUCAAAGUCCACAUGAUUGAUAGUUAUCAUAAAACACUUUCCUUCAUCCUUCCGGACUUUCCUUUCCCAACAACCCUCUGCCCCCUGAGAAAAAAAAAUCUGUAAUUGUUGUACCAAGUUUUAGUGUUUUACCACAAAGGAGGGAAAAUUAUUAAGCAGACAUGGCAGACAGUGUUGUGAGUUUCCUGUUGGAGAACCUGACUCAGUUGCUUACCCACGAAUCAAAAUUGCUAGGUGGAGUUAAGGAUCAAGUCAAGUCACUUAAGAACGAGCUGUCUCUGAUCAACCUCUUCCUCCAAAAAACUGCAGGCAAACGACAAGACGAAUUGGUGAAGGAGGUAGUCAGCCAAAUUAGGGACGUAGCCUAUGAGGCUGAGGAUGUUGUUGAUACAUACAUCAUUACUGUGGCAGAGCACAGGAGAAGAAGCAAGCUGAGGAAGUUAAUCCCUUCAUGUGACCGAGCAAUUACGUUUCACGAGGUUGCAAGCAAGAUAAAGAGCAUCAAGACCAUCAACAAGGAAAUUAACGACAAUAGGAGCAAGUACGGCAUAGAAAUUGGGGAAUCAUCCGGAGGAGAUGCAGAAGCAGAAGAGAUACUGCACAGGCGCAGGAAACAUGUUGAGGAAGAUCAAGUAGUGGGCUUCGCUCAUGACGCUGAGGUAUUGAUGAAGGAGCUUAUGGAAGGGAGUUCGCAACGGAAUGUUGUUUCAAUCAUUGGCAUGGGUGGCUUAGGCAAAACCACUCUUGCUAGGAAGAUCUACAAUAACAAUGAUGUCAAGAAUUACUUUGAUUUCCGUGGGUGGGUUUAUGUCUCUCAAGAAUAUAGAAUCAGAGAGCUGUUGCUUGAGAUUUUGAAAGGUGAAAAACCAAUGCCAAAAGUGAAAAAAUUUAUCUUGAAAGCUGAAUUGAAAGGGGAAUUACUCCACCGUCUCCACGGUUUGAAAGUAAAGUAUAGCUCAAAUGAAGACAAAUUAAAAGGGACACUAACAGGUAUCAAGGAAAUGAAUGAUGAAGAUUGCAAAAACACAUUAUAUGAGAUCUUGGAACAAAUAGAUGACGAGAAUUUGAAACUUUCGUUGUCAGAAUUGAUGAAAGAUAUUUACGAAAAAAAUGGUGAAGGAUGGGUGGAUUUGAAUGAUGAUGAAUUGAAAAGUGUGCUGUUCGAAUGCUUGAAAGACAAGAGGUACUUAAUUGUCAUAGAUGACAUUUGGAAAAAUGAAGUAUGGAAUGAGGUAAGUAUUGCCCUCCCUGAUAACUUGAAUGGAAGUAGAAUAUUGAUUACUAGCCGAAUAAAAGAAGUAGCAAUACAUGCAAGUAGUCUUAAUAAUUGUAUUCCUAUUCCCCCCUAUGAACUCCCAUUUCUUAAAGAAGAUAAAAGUUGGGAACUCUUCUCUACGAAGGUGUUCCGGGGAGCUGCAUGCCCUCCAGAACUUGAGAUUCUAGGGAGACAGAUUGUGGAAAGUUGCCAAGGUUUACCACUUGCUAUUGUGGUAUUUGGGGGUCUUUUGGCGAAUAAGGAGAAAACACAACGAACAUGGUCGAAAUGGAUUGGCCAUGUCAAUUCGUAUUUGACUGAAGAUAGAUCACAUUGCAUAGAUAUAUUGGCUCUAAGCUACAACCACUUACCCCAACGGUUGAAACCAUGAUUUCUAUAUUUUGGUAUCUACCCAGAAGACUUUGAAAUACCAAUGAGGCAACUAAUUCGACUUUGGAUGGCUGAGGGAUUUAUACCGCAAAUUGGGAAUCGAAAUAUGGUGGAUGUUGCUGAAGACUACUUGGAGGAACUCAUUGAUCGGAGCUUGAUUCAAGUGGCAACAAAAAGGCUAGAUGGAGGAGUCAAAACAUGUCGUAUUCAUGAUCUUCUACGAGAUUUUUGUAUAUCAGAGAGUGCGGAAGAGAAGUUUCUUGCAGUUCAUUCAGAUUUUAAUCUUUCACCCAUGAGAAAAUCUCGUAGAAUUUCUAUCCACUAUGCCAACCAUCAGUACAUUUCUUCCAGUCCUUGUGAGCUUUCAAAUAGUCGUUCUUUAAUUGCCUUCGGGGGGUUUGUUGGACUCGAGAGUCCUCUUGCUAAACUAAGCGAAAGUAACAAGUUGGUUAAGGUGGUAGAGCUUAGGAAUAUGUGCAUUCCUUGUUUAAUCCCCAACAAUAUUGAAGACCUGAUCUUUUUGAGGUACUUGAGUUUUCGAUCUGAUGUCAUUCCAGAUUCCAUCUGCAACCUUUGGAACUUGGAGACGUUGGACAUAAGAAAUUCUAAGCCAAAAGAGAUUUCUACAGAAAAAUGCUUGCUCUUGCCCAAGGGGAUACGGAAGUUAAAAAAAUUAAGACAUUUGUUCCUGGAUGGGCCAAUAUCUCUAGCUAGUGAAGUGGCUUUACCCAAUCUUCAAGUCCUUACUGGUAUAGCUAUGGAUAGAGACACUGAGGAAGCCUUUGCCAAGGCCAGAUUUCCCAGUUUAAGAAAAUUAGUAUUGUAUGGGGUGCAGUCAGAGCUAUUGUCAAGCCUUCAGCCCUUGCGCCAUCUACAAACUUUGAAGAUUUAUAAUAAACAUCUUGCCUCCCUUUCAAGUCCGAGUUCAUUCCAGUUCACCCUCACAAAGAUAACCUUAAUAGGCCCAAACUUAUCUGCAGCUGUCAUGAGAGUGUUGGGUAGCCUUACCAGCCUUCGAAUACUCAAAGUAGGAGGAUAUUCCCAACGAGGCACUUAUAAUUUCCUCAAUUGGGAUGAAGGCAGUUUUCUUCAUCUUGAAGUCUUUAAAAUGAAAUAUAUGAAAGUUUUAGAAUGGACUAUGGGGAAAGGUGCAAUGCCAAACCUUCAACGUUUGGUCAUCGAGCGUUGUGAUUUUUGCUGUAUGUCCCCCGAUGGACUAAGGAGCUUGACUGCCUUGAGAGAUGUGGAAGUUUUAUAUCCCUAUGGAGGUCAGAAAAGAAUGCUUCAUCUGUGGCAGUUGCACAUGAGGGAUGGCUGUAAGCUCCAUGUCUAUCCACCUCUGCAAAGUACAAAUUGAAAAAAAGUUAAUAGCUUCAUCCGCUGUUGCUAUGUUUUUUUCCACUGUUAAUUUAUCGUCUGGGGUCAAGCUAUGGUGUCAUUCGCAUAAGCGCAACAGUUUCUUCGACUUUCCUUUAGUCUCAUUUUGUGGGGGUCCGAAUGAGGCAGCACAUUUACUGGCAAAAUUAGCAAAGCAAAAAGAAGAAAAAAGGAUAUUGAUUGAAGAUGCCCCUCACUCCUCAGUGCAUUGAAGAACGAGUGGAGUCUGAUAGGUCAAGUUAUACUUUUGUGUAAUUGUUGCUCUUUCCAUUGCAUCUGUCCUGCUUCGUUGUUAUUGUUGUUGUUUUUGUGCUUUUGUUUUUGAAAUGACGUAUGAGUUUUCAGGCAAAAAAGGCCUUUGUAAUAAUUUAUUAUGUCUGUCCUGCUU